UCUCCGUUUUUUUUGUUAUAUAAAUGCAAUUGGUGGGUUUAAUUCAACGAUCACAAAAACGAAAAGAAGCAAUGAGGGGGGAGACGCUGACGCUGAUACUGAUAAAUCUAGCCGGAAUAAUGGAAAGAGCCGACGAAUCGCUCUUACCCGGUGUUUACAAGGAGGUCGGGGAAGAGCUCCACGCUGACCCGACCCGGUUGGGCUCUUUAACCCUUUUCCGAUCCAUAGUUCAGGCCUCCUGCUUCCCUCUCGCUGCCUAUCUCUCUGCCCGCCAUAACCGGGCCCACAUCAUUGCCUACGGUGCUUUCCUCUGGGCUGCUGCCACUUUCCUCGUUGCUUUCUCUUCUUCCUUUCUUCAGGUUGCAAUAUCUAGAGGUUUGAAUGGUAUCGGCCUUGCAAUAGUGGGACCAGCCAUCCAAUCUUUAGUAGCCGAUUCAACGAGUGAUGAAAACCGCGGUAUGGCUUUCGGGUGGCUACAACUAACUAGUAACCUUGGCUCCAUAAUUGGUGGUCUUCUUUCAUUACUAAUAGCAUCCACCACAUUUAUGGGGAUUCCUGGGUGGCGGGUUGCCUUUCAUCUUGUUGGAAUCAUUAGUGUCAUUGUCGGGAUCCUGGUUCGCCUUUUUGCUGACGACCCACUUUACUCGCAACGUUUAGAACCCGAAAUAGGUCAAACUUUAUGGUCAAAUGUUAAAGAUUUGAUGCGGGAAGCCAAGUCAGUCAUAAAGAUUCAAUCUUUUCAAAUUAUUGUAGCUCAGGGUGUCAUGGGCUCGUUUCCAUGGUCUGCGCUGUCGUUUGCACCAAUGUGGUUGGAACUCACAGGCUUCUCUCAUAAGAAUACUGCUUUCUUGAUCUUUUUAUUUGUGAUUGGAAAUUCGCUUGGCGGGUUGUUUGGUGGGCGUGCAGGCGACGUGUUGUCGAAGCGGUUUCCAAAAUCCGGGCGGAUUGUUUUGUCCCAAAUCAGCUCGGGAUCGGCUAUUCCUUUAGGGUGGUUGCUUUUGCUGGCUCUAAAAGAUGAUCCAUCCACUUUUGUUUCCCAUGCUAUUGUGUUGCUUAUUAUGGGCUUUUUCAUUUCGUGGAACGCUGCGGCUACAAACAAUCCUAUAUUUGCAGAAAUCGUUCCCGAGAAAUCACGAACAAGUAUCUAUGCUUUAGAUCGCUCAUUCGAGUCAAUCUUAUCAUCAUUUGCUCCUCCUAUUGUCGGGAUAUUAGCCCAACAUGUUUACGGUUACAUACCUAUUGAAAAAGGUUCUGAAAGUAUUGCAACAGACCGAGAGAACGCCACAUCCUUAGCUAAAGCACUCUAUGCAUCAAUCGGGUUUCCAAUGGCGUUAUGUUGUUUCAUUUACUCGUUUCUGUAUCGAACCUACCCGAGAGAUAGGGAGCGGGCCCGGAUGGAAGCUCUUAUUGAAGCUGAGAUGGAUACAUUGGACUCAGGCACCAUGGAUGGAAAACAGAGGUUCAGGAUUAAUGAUGAUAUUUACGACAAUGAUAGAACGAGUAUGGAGAUGGAGUAUGACGAUUCAGUUACGUUCGAUGAAAGUGACGAGAAGAUGUUGCUUCAUAGGCAGCUGACAUUCGCAGAUAUGGUGGUCUAAAUGUCGAAGACCCCAUGGUGAGCAUACGGGUUCGACAUGCCUGUUUAUGUGGCUCGAACCCAUUAUAUACUUCAUAUUAUAUGGCCACUAGAUAUAGAAACACUUAAAACAGUUGUAUAGAAAAGAGAACUUUACCACACAGUUUUGGUGUAUUUCUUCUCCCACAUUUUAGGCUGUAAUAUAUGGUUUUGAAGUUAUUCAGGCUUAAUUUCGUUAUUUCAUUACAUGAAUAAACAAUUCGGGUUGUUUA